CACACACCACAGUACGCGCAAUGGCAUCAACGACAACUGGGAUUCUGCCGCUGGCAGCGACGCUUCUGCUGCUGCUGCACUGCAGCAGCGCCGCCGAGGAGCCCAUCUAUCGCAUGUGUGUACCGCAAAUAUAUUUCAACGAUUGCACCAAUCUGCUGAAUGAUCCCUCCGAGGCGGGCAUUAAAAUGGAGUGUGUUGCUGGCCGAGAUCGCGUCGAAUGCCUGGAGCUAAUCGAACAGCGCAAGGCUGAUGUAUUGGCCAGCGAACCGGAGGACAUGUAUAUGGCCUAUCAUCGCAAGAAUGAGGAUUAUCGUGUCAUUUCUGAAAUACGCUCGCAAGAUGAUAAGGAUGCUGACUUCCGUUAUGAGGGCAUAAUCCUGGUGAAGAAAACCUCACCCAUCAAAAGCUUGGAAUCGCUGCGUGGCGCCAAGUCCUGCCACACUGGCUUUGGCCGCAAUGUGGGCUACAGGAUCCCCAUAACGAAGCUGAAGAAUACCAAUGUGCUGAAGGUCUCGGCCGAUCCACAAAUCUCAGCUACCGAACGCGAAUUGAAAUCAUUGUCAGAGUUCUUCAAGGAGUCAUGUCUGGUGGGCAACUACUCGGCGCAUCCGGAAUCAGAUCGUUUGCUGAAGAAGAAAUACUCCAAUCUGUGUGCGCUUUGCGAGAAGCCAGCUCAGUGCAACUAUCCGGACAAGUACAGUGGCUAUGAUGGUGCCAUACGCUGCCUGGACAAGGGUCAAGGCGAGGUGGCCUUCACCAAGGUGCAAUAUAUUAAGAAAUAUUUUGGCCUAACGGGCAAGCCUGAAGCGCCAGCUGCCGAGGGCAAACCGGAGGACUUUGAGUAUUUGUGUGAGGAUGGCACACGUCGUCCCAUAACUGGAGCCGCCUGCUCCUGGGCACAGCGUCCUUGGAGCGGCUACAUAUCAAACGAGCAGGCUGUGCAUGGCCCCGAGCAGCUGCAUAAGCUGCAAGCUCGUCUGGAGCGCUUCUUCGAAAAUGGCUUGCAUGCUCAGAACCAGGCGGCUGCAGCUCAUCUGUUGAUCCAGCCGAAUGCAUUCUAUCAUAGCAAGCAGCAGGCUAUCGAUCCCAAGGUCUAUCUGGAGCGUGCUGGCUACAAGGAUGUGAUCGAACGCGAUGGCAGCGCCAUACGCAAGCUGCGCUUCUGCACCCAAACCGAUGCAGAGUUCUCCAAGUGUCAGGCAAUGCACAAUGCUGCAUAUGCUCGCGAUGCGCGUCCAGAGCUCGAGUGUGUGCAAUUGACCGACUGCAUGGUUGCCAUGGGCAACAGCAAGGCCGAUAUGAUGAUCGUGCAUGCUUCCAACUAUGCAGAGGCAAGAAAUCAAAAGCUCAUACCGCUGGUCUAUGAACAGCUGCGUCCGGAGCAGCUUUUAGUGGCUGUUGCGCCCGCCAAAAUGGAUCGUGAGGCGCUGCAAAAGGCGCCCAUUCACUACGAUGCGCAUAGCGAGCGUGCACGCUUCAGCGCCGCGCUGAUGAACAAACGUCGCAGUCUGGACUGGUGCAACAUGACGCCCAGCGCCGAGAAGCAACUGCAGAUUGUGCCCGCAACUGAGCUGAAUGCGUUCAGAGAUUGGCAGCUCGUGUGUCCCACCAUGGAGCGUCGCCCUGUCACUGACUUUGUCAAUUGCAAUGUCGAAGUGCAACUACCACGUGCGAUCUUUGCUCGUGCCGAUACCACAACUGUCGAGCAAGAGACCAUCAAGCACUUGUUCUCGCUCAUCUCGGAGCGUUUCGGUGCGCAUGGCAAAUUCAUGGAUGUGUUUGCGCUCUUUGCUCCGUAUCAGAAAGAUCAAGAAAAUGUGCUCUUCGAUGACAAUGGCGCCGAGUUGGUUACCCAGCUGAAGAGCGACUAUCAGAAUGAGCAUAUCUACAAUGAGCUCCAUUGCGAUGCCAACAAGAUUGCCAAGCAGUAAACUGCGUAUACGCAAUCCCAGCAUAUUCUAUAACUAUAUUACACAGACACAUAUGUAUAUGCAUAUAUGUACGUAUAUGUAAGUACAUCCUAUACUAUAUACUCUUUUUUUUUUUUUUGAUCUGAAUAAAUAUCCAACAUAAAGUUGCAA